UAAAAGACGCAAAGAAUCUUUCGCGCGCAGCCGCCACUUCCUGAUUGCUCUGCCCUUACCUAAGAUGGCGGCUAGUUGCCUUCAGCCCGGCUUACUGCGGCUGCUCAGUACACUACUGGCGCAAACAGGUCUAUAGCCUUCCUGAACCUCGGAGGUGAAGCCUGGGACGCAGCGUGUCUCCGCCCCGCGGUGCAGCUAGGGGGUGUGCUUUGUGGGCUUAGAGGGUAGCUAAGGAGGAGCAGGACCCAGCGUCGUUCUGCGUUCUGCCUUUCCCUCGCUUCCUGGCACCAAGGCUGCACGAGCCCAAGGGUGAUUUCUUUUUCCUUGGGCCCAAUAUGAUACUAACCAAAGCCCAGUACGAGGAGAUAGCCCAGUGCCUAGUGUCUGUACCGCCCACCAGGCAGAGCCUGAGGAAGCUGAAGCAGAGGUUCCCCAGUCAAUCGCAGGCCACUCUGCUGAGCAUCUUCUCCCAGGAGUACCAGAAACAUAUUAAAAGAACACACGCCAAACAUCACACUCCAGAAGCGAUUGAAAAUUAUUACCAGAGGUACCUGAACGGCGUGGGGAAAAAUGGAGCAGCCCCUGUGCUCCUGGAGCUAGCCAAUGAGGUGGACUAUGCCCCCUCAUUAAUGGCUCGGAUUAUCCUGGAAAGAUUUCUACAGGGGCAUGAACAGACUCCACCCUCCAAGUCUGUUAUAAAUAAUAUGCUACGGGACCCUUCUCAGAUUCCAGACGGAGUUCUAGCCAACCAGGUCUAUCAGUGCAUUGUGAACGACUGCUGUUAUGGACCGCUGGUGGACUGCAUCAAGCAUGCUAUUGGCUAUGAGCAUGAAAUCCUGCUGAGAGACUUACUUCUGAAGAAAAACCUGUCCUUCCUAGACCCAGCCACUCCCAAGGAGAGAACUUUGCUUCUGGUGUGCCUGGAGUUCAGAAGACAAAGCAGUGUCACCCAUACCUCCUUUCUGUCCUUCUUGGGAUGUACUUCUCAAGGCUUCCUUCCUUCUCAAGAAGCAAAGACGGUCACUGAUGAAGAUCAGCUCCGCGCAAAGGGCUAUGACAAAACACCAGACUUCAUUUUACAGGUGCCAGUUGCUGUGGAAGGGCACAUAAUUCACUGGAUUGAAAGCAAAGCCUCAUUUGGUGAUGAAUGUAGCCACCACGCCUACCUGCAUGGCCAGUUCUGGAGCUACUGGAAUAGGUUUGGACCAGGCUUGGUCAUCUAUUGGUACGGAUUUAUCCGGGAACUGGACUGCAACCGGGAAAGAGGCAUCCUGCUCAAAGCCUGUUUCCCCACAGACAUCGUCACCUUAUGCCACAGCACACAGCACGGCUUGACCCUGAAGAUCCUGGAAGAGAAGCCGGAAGCAAUGUGACUUUCCUGCAGUAUAAACUCCUGGCAACAUCUGCCCUGAACUUGAGCUGAACCCUGCCUGCUGUGGUCGCAGCCUUACCUCUCUAGACAAACACAUCGGGAGUUUCUGUUUUCCUUCCUCGCUAGCCGAUGUGAAUAGCCAAGAACUACGGACACAACCCACUCAUUAUCAGCAUCUCUGUCCCGGACACAGUUUGUUUAUAGAUAGUCAUAAUCUUGCUUCCUUCCGAAUGCUUUCUCCUUGCGUACCGAACAGAAGGGACUGUGUGGAAACUGAAGGGUGUGAUUUUUCGGUUCUCCGUUAUUGAACACUCCCUUGCUUUUUCUUCUAAAGCUCCAUUCAUUGUCCCUCCCUGCUUUCUCUGCAUGGGUAUACUCUGGUACUAAGUGUUGCAUUAACAUCAGGGAAUAACCUAGCACAAACCUGGAAAAGCUGGAGACAGGCAGUCUGUUAGCAAGUGUUCCUUCUCACCUGGGGCUCAGCAGAGCCGGACAGGGACCUUUUCUGUGGAGACCUACUGCCUCGUGAUUUCUGUGGCAUCCAGCCAAGCUGCAAAAAUCCCCCUUGAUGAGAAUUUCAUCUUUUUGUGAAGCUUAUUU